AUACGAAGCAUUGUUAUUCCAGUUAGAUAGUUUUUGUAUUGUCUUUGACCAGUGCACUGCUAGUAGAGUGAAAUUAAAAAAAAACAAUAACGUACACUUUGCCUUCGAUUUUUAAAUCUAGAAAAAAAUAUAUAAAUCAACAAAAGAUUUGUUUGUGUGGAAGCUGUAAUAAUAAUAAAAAAAUGAAGUUAACACUAUUUUUUGUAUUAAUAGUGUUAUUCAUACAUUUUAUUUAUGUAGAAGGGUUGAAGGCAAAUGAUACAGGAGUGUGCGUCGUCACUAGAAGUGUAAAGAAAACACAGCGCCGCGUUUAUAUCGCGAAAUAUAAAUGCGGUAAGAAAAUAUGCAGCACAAGAAGAAACAAAAUAAAGGACUACAUAGUAACUCAGAACGACAUACUUUGCUGCAAGGGAUGGACGUAUUCCAGCACUUUGGAUGCGUGCUCACCCCUCUGCAGCAUGGGGUGCAUAGGGGGUCGAUGCACCGCCCCGGACGUGUGCCAAUGCGACCCCCCAGCUACGUUGGAUCCGGGAACCAAAAACGCAUGCUACCUACCAAGAUGUGAUCCACCAUGCGGUAAUGGAACAUGCACAGCGAAUAAUACAUGCACAUGUUUGCAUGGCUAUGAAAAAGCUAACAAUACAUGCCAGGCAAAGUGUGAGUCAUGCCAAAACGGGCGCUGUGUAUCACCAAACAAUUGCCAAUGUAAUGAAGGCUUUAUGAAGAUAAACGGCACAUGCUCCCUUCCAAUAUGCCAACCAAAGUGCAACAAUGGAAAAUGUACCGCAAACAAUACGUGUGUUUGUUUCGAUGACUACGAAAAAGUCAACAAUACAUGCCAGCCUAAAUGUGAGUUUUGCCAGAACGGUCGCUGUGUUUCCCCAAAUAAGUGUGAGUGUUUUGAUGGCUAUGCCAAAAUGGAUGGUGUUUGUAGACCCUUGUGUGUGAAUGUAACGAAUGUGGCGUCACCCACGUGCAAGUGUGUUGAGGGUUAUUAUCGGUGCUAUACGCCGUGUAAGGACGAUUGCAUCGUUUGUGAUGAUAAUGGAAAGUGCAGCCGUCCAGUUGACUGCGGGUCUACCGAGGUUGUAUGCUGCCCAGGGUAUAUUUUGGGUUACGAUAAAGCAACUAAAAGAGAUUUCUGCAAGCCGAUAUGUAGGCCCAGCUGUGGGAAGCACGGGGAGUGCGUCAAAUAUAACCAAUGCAAAUGCAAACCUCCUUACGAGCUCAUAGAUAACACUUGCUCUUUACCCAAGACAUGCACUGAGCCAUGUGUAAACGGAAAAUGUACCAGCUACAACAAAUGCACGUGUGACUCAGGUUACACACACUCAAAUGAAUCUUACUGCAAGCCUGAAUGCCAAAAAGCCUGCAUUAACAGCUUCUGUGGAGCCCCCGAAAGAUGUGAUUGCUUACAUGGAUAUAGACGUAAAAACCAAUGGGAAUGUAUAUUCGAUUGCCCGGUUGGUUAUACACUCAAAAACGAAUCGGAAUGUGUACCACAUUGUGAUAAAUGUGAAAAUGGUGAAUGUAUUGGACCAAAUGUUUGUAAAUGUAACAAGGAUUAUAUUAAGCAAGGUGACGAAUGCGUUCCAGUUUGCAAAGGAAACUGUCUAAACGGCUAUUGUUUGAAACCUGGCGAAUGUGUUUGCAGUACAGGAUACACAAACGAUCCUGUAGACAAGCUAACCUGUCGUCCUAUAUGUGAGCCUGGUUGUGUCAACGCUACUUGUGAUUCACCCUUUCGCUGCAUUUGCCUCCCUGGUUACACUCGUAGGAACAAGACAGUUUGCGAACCAAAAUGCGACUAUUGCACGAAUGGUGAUUGCAUCGGACCAAACGAUUGUAGAUGCCACGACGGAUAUAUGAUGAUGGGCAAAAAGUGCAAGCCAGUUUGCUCGAAAACAUGUAUCAACGGAUUUUGCUCGGAACCCGAAAAAUGCAUCUGUUUACCUGGAUACAUCUCUGAUGCUAAUAACCAAUAUAACUGCAAACCUGAAUGUGUGGGAUGUGAAAACGGCGUUUGUAUAUCACCUGGGCGAUGUUCCUGCGUUGAUGGUUACGAAAGUGUCAAUGGUACAUGCAAGCUUAAGUGCUCCCAAAAAUGCAUAAAUGGCCACUGUAAAUCACGGUCAUGUGGUAACGAUUAUUGCCCAUCAACAGAUGAAUGCGCUUGUCUCCCUGGGUACAAAAAAGAUGAUAAUGACAAGUUUAUGUGCAAACCUCACUGUGCAUGUGAAAAUGGCAAAUGUUCAUCCUCCGGCCAAUGUCUUUGUGAUGAAGGGUAUGAAAAUCGCAAUGGUACAUGCAAGCCUAAAUGUUUCCAAGCUUGUAUUAAUGGCUAUUGUAAGUCACCAAACGAGUGCGGUUGCCUCGAGGGUUAUAAAUUGAACAUUACAUUGGAGUCCUCAGUUUGCUACAAACCAUGCUUGAGCCCUUGUGACAAUGGAAUCUGCAAUUUCAACGGGGAAUGCGUUUGCUACAACGGACACAGUAAUAAUACAGGGUGCCUUGAGAUGAAUAAUGAGACGAUCCAAUGCAAAAGUUGCGACGGCAACUGCACUGGUGAUGUAUGCAGGUGUCCUGAUGGUCGACCCUGCGAAGUGCUGGUUGAGGCUCAAAGAACAGGGUUAGCCGGUCUGGAGUUGACCUGGAUCCUGGGCGCGUGUAUUGGUCUGCUUCUCUUUGUCUUCGUCAUCGCGAUCAUGGCGCAGAUGUGGCGGAAACGACCGAAAGCUAAAACUGCUACGUAUGCUGAAGGAAACACGAACGGUAGCGUUGGCUUCACAGCACCCGGUACUUUGAUAUUCCCUGAUAACAGAGCAGACGACAAUUACGAUAGAGAAGACGACGAAGACAAUAGAGACGACAGAGACGAGCGGACGACAGAAGGACUUCUGCGAACUAAGGUUUUAUAUGAAGACGAGAACUUGUAACCAAAGACGAAAUUAAUUUAGUUUUAUUUUGUAAUAUACAAAAUUCAUCUGCUCAGUUAUAUUUAACUAUUAAGUAAAUUGUUGUAAAUAUGACCUGAAAACAAAUGACGACUCCUAAAUAAAAAAAUCUAAACUUAUUUAUUUAUGUUACUUUUGAAACAUCAAGUUGGACUAUAUUUUGUAAAGACUACUACUUCUGUGAUGAAGUUGUGUUAGUGUUGCUUUUCACUCGGGAGGUCCUAGCUUUGAUUUUUAAAUUAGUUUAAAACUUUUUAUUCUUUAAAUUAUACUUGAACGAAAAACAAGAAAUUACUAAUUUCUGGUUUGUACGAUGUACGAUGAUAAAGUAGUUAUAGAGUAUGUAUUAAAUAAACUCCUAAAUCCUUGACAAGUAAGACACGCAUUGCAUUUCUUUUGGACUGUCCAAGGCGUUUGAAUGUGUGCACCAUGUCAAGAAGCCUAAUUACUUAGAAUGUAUUACUUAGUGGAUCAUCAAAUCAAAUUGUUAACGUGAUUUGUUUAUGAAUAUUAGAAAUGUGCGCACACGUGUCACUAAGAUCUCACCAGAUCUCUUCUGGUACUGAUGUACACAUGACCUAAACUGGAAUGCUUCUUCUUCUUGAAGAUGACACAAACUUCAGCAGGCGAUUCCAUAAGAAUCUAUCCAGUAAGAGAAGAGAGGAUAAUUUAGGGUAUUAAAGCAUAAACCAUAUCCAAAUUCCUUCUCUGAAACAUUGCCAAGUGUACUAAAAUCUACGACGAGAAUCAACGAGACCAUUCAUUAUUCCGAUUAAUGUCUCUAUCGGGAUGAUAAAGUUCUUUGUAUUGUCAGUAGGUACGAAUUAUAAUUAAUAUCGACGUAUGAACGUCGGUAUCGAUAGCGUUGAGGAAAUCACGUCACUAUAAACUCUACGCCCCCCAGUGACAACAUUAUUCUCGAUGUAAAUUUAAGGUCAUACGGGUAACUCAUUAGAGCCUAACACCUAAGCGGCACCUCGCCGCAUCUUGCAAGAAGUGUUCCGAUGAUGAUACGGAUUUGAUGUACCUGCACGUAUGGCACACAAAUCAACUCGAACGGCACCGAAGAAACUCGAGCAACGCACACUUAUCAGAAUAGUAACGUAAUCGCUUUGUCUCGGGACAAGUUUAUGGCUCGCCGUCCGCGCGCUUACGCCUCGCCGUCCAUCCUUACGCCUGAUCGUCGCCGCGCUUACGGCUAACCGUCUUCGCUCAAGCUCAUACCUACGUGUUUCCGUAUCCAAGCACAUCCGAGGCGCACCUGCCCUGCUCGCGUACCAACUGGCUCUCAACCUGCGGUCGACGAGCCGUAAGUCACCGUCACCGUAUCCGAGUCAACACCUGGUUGACCGAGAGGCGAUACGUUUGCGAUCCUUUCUGAGUUGAUAUGUAUGCUAUAACCUUAAUGCAUUCAUGUUCAUACUAAAGAACGAAAUACGAUAUAAUGUAUGAAAUAGAAAGCGAGGUGGUCGGGUGCUGGAUCCUAUUGCAAAUAAUCACUUUACCGUUCUUCUAAUAUAUUCUGGUAUUUUACCUUUCAAGUGUAAAAGUAAACUUAUAAAUGAACAUUUAUCAAUCAAGUAUUAUAAUCACGUAAUUCGUUGAAUUACAACAAUGCUUUUACCAAUGCCUUGCUUGUUAAACAUUCUCGUGGCAUUGAAGAUGUAAGCAAAGAUAAAAAGAAACUAUUUGACCGUGAUGUACCUAUAAUAAUUAUUAUUGUCUAAGUUUUCUAUUGUACAAAAAUAUUUAGUAAUAAAAUGUUUUUUUUGAAUAAUAUAAUAUUAAGAAUAUGAAAACGUUAUUCUAUAAAUUUAAACGCAAAACUUUACUUAAAAACUAAUAACUUUUAUUCAUCUCACUAAUUUCAGAGAUCUCAAAAUAUAAACGUACUUACAUACACAAAAAUUUGUUUAAAUUUUUAUCUUUUAAUAGUGUUCAAAACUUACUUUUUCAAUACUAAUAAGCACCUAGUGAAUCCAAAGAGAUUAAAAAAAUAUACUUUACUUAAUAUCAUGUAAAUUACUUAAUUAGUAAGUAGUCUGUAAAUUAAAAAUUUUAAACUUAAUUUUACGUCUAAGUUUGAACUAAAUGUGAAGUUUUUACAGCCAUGUUCCCGCAACGGGUCGACAACCUAGUCUGUAUUACGUGAAAAUAUAUAUUUUUGAUGCAA